AUGUUUGGGAUUGAUCUUUCUUACAACCAGUUAAGUGGUGAAAUACCUAAGGAACUCUGUAAUCUUACUGAAAUUCGGGCACUAAACUUUUCACAUAACCACAUAACUGGAGUAAUACCAUCAGAAUUCUCAAAUCUCCAGAAUAUUGAGAGUUUGGAUCUAUCAUACAACAACUUGACUGGGAGGAUUCCCUCUCAACUUGUAGAGUUGACGACUCUAGCAAUUUUUAGCGUGGCACACAAUAAUUUAACAGGUAGGACUUCACAACGUACAUCUCAAUUUGCAACUUUUACUGAAAGCAGUUAUGAGGGAAAUCCUUUUCUUUGCGAUCCUCCAUUGCAUAUCAAUUGCAUGGAGACCAAAGAGAUACCGAUAUCAUCUCGUGUGCCAGAUUGUUGUGAAGAUGAUACUGGUUUUCUAGAUAUGGAGUCGUUCUAUGUUUCUUUUCUUAGUGGCAUAUGCAAAUUUGGUUCUUGUAAUGGUUGUAGUCCUCUGGAUAAACCCCUAUUGGAGAUAUGUUUGUGCAGGCAGUCACUUUCCAGCUGUAAAGAGUUGACCUCGUACUGUUGUCAGGGAAACACAGGGGUAUCAGGUCCCUGUGUUGGUUCUCUAUCUUCUGAAGUUGUAGCAGUUUAUGUUAGCUGGAAUCUGUUGAUUUGUGAUGUGUACCAAGUGUGUCAG